GGUUCUUUAUGUGCCUGCGGCCUGUGGUUCUUGUGACCCGGGCUCCUGGGCCCAGCCUGCUGCUUCACUUCACUCUUUUCUUCCAGGAACAAUGAAUCAUUCCCAGGACACGGGCCCUGGAGGCAUGCCUGAAGACAGAAAACUUUAUAUUGUGGAUUCCAUAAACGACUUAAACAAACUUAACCUCUGUCCUGCGGGAUCACAGCACCUGUUCUCCCUCGAGGAGAAAAUCCCGGAUGUUGGCACUAACUCAGGAAACGGAAGUCAUAGUCUGUUUUUUAUGGGGCUGAUAAUUGUGCUGAUUGUCAGCCUGGCACUGGUUUCCUUCGUGAUUUUUCUAAUAGUCCAAACUGGAAACAAGAUGGAUGACGUGUCAAGAAGACUAACAGCUGAGGCAAAGGACAUAGGCGAUCUUAAGAGAAUCAACAGCCUGAUUGUAAAGCGACUCAAUCAACUGGACGCUGAACAAAACUAAAGAAAUGAACAUCUAAAAGCAGCUGCUAACACGGAGCUUCGCACUUGACUGGGCGCCUGCAGGGUAUGAACUGAGCUUGCGCAUUUCUACAGGCAACAGACUCUGAUUCGGGAUCCCAACCCUGGGGCCAACUUUCUGCUGCAGGGAUGGGAGCGACUCCAACACCAAGGGCCAUGGGGGUACUAGGCAGAAAAGGGCUCAUUUUAUGGUAGGGUCCUUCUGCUUCAUUGGGGUUAAGGGUGGCUGACAUGAAGGAGAACAAAGGUUAGCAAGAGAAUUCGGCUCCGCACCUACACUUUCUCUUACAAAAGGAGCUUUGCCAUCAGAACAAGUUCACUGAGCUGGUGAGGUUCAUGGCACCUCAAGCACACUUAUGAAUUCCUGUGACAGCUUGAUGAAUCCAGUGAAUUAUCUGUAUUCAAGGGAACCAGGUGAUGACUCUUCGCAAUAAAAUAAAUUCUGCUCAGGUGAUUAAACUCUGACUCUUACUUCCCCAGGGACAGGGGCUGGGCUGACUUCAGAGCCAGUUGCCUUCUGGUAUUUGCUAGUAGUACUGGUAUGUGUAUGGUAGGGUGGAAGUCAAAAGAGAGAGCCUGAGUUAUUUAACCAAUGUUUAUUGAGCUCUUUGUGCAAACCGUCUAUCUACUUUAGAAGAGGUCACGUUCAACUGGGGAACAAGGGAAAUGUAUGGUUAUAUAUAUAAGUUAUAUAAGCUUUGUUGGCUUCUUUUCUCAUGCAAAAAACCCUCAGUGUUCUGCUGAUUAAUUUUGAAGAAAUCUGAUAAGUUUGUGGUCUUUACUAAACUACAGGAAGAAAUUGUAUAUUUGGAAUAUCUGGAACCUGCCCUGUUUUAGCUCAAAAGAUCAGGUACACAGUUUGUGAUAUGAUAUGCUGUGAUAU